GUAAAAGCCUUGACGAAUCAGAAGUCUCUACACUAGUGAGGGUUUUCUUACCCAGCCUGCAGUUUUGAAGGCGUCAGUCCUGUCCCAAUCUGCACCAGUGGGGAAUUGGCCUCUGUUUGUAGUAAUGACACCGUGGAUAUACGUCGUUGAUGCAACUUGCUCCAUGUCUUCUUCUCUCUUUAACUAGCGAAAGGUGCACUCUACAAUUAUGGAGUUUUGAAAGGGAAAGUGAGAGUUUGGGGGGGAAAGGAGCCCUUUCCCCUCAAGUUUGAUGGUUGGACUGCUGGACAGGACGGUCAGAGGGUUUGAUGAUAAGAAUCGUUACCUUUUGUAAAUCAGUAGAGGAAAAUCUAUUUUUGCAAACACUCAAAUGUACAAUUUUGUAUAAAACUCUGUAGAAAUUUUGUAUUUAUUGAAUUCUUAAUGCCAAUAUAUGCGACAAACACCUUAGUUUGUGUUAAAUUCUUGAUCGAAAUGGUGGACUGAAACAAGUCGCUCUGGGGUCGCUAGGGUGCGGUGGAAACUCAACACAAGCACAAUUCUAGCACUCCAAGCCAUCUCGGCCUCUUAUUGAUUCCUUUUUUUUGUAUAUGUACCUUUAGCCUCUUGGAGAGCAGCUAUAUUUUGCAAUUUUUCAUUGAGUUUAUUUGUAGGUGGUUUGCUGUCAGAAAGACUUUUGCAAAACAUAAAGGAAGAGAGGUCACUGUGAAAAAUCAGUGAAGGUCAGCAUGAGUCUUGCACUGCAGAACUGCACCCCCAAAUGCCGCUCACUGCAGCACGCAGAGGAUGUGGUGGCGGCACUGACAUGUCGCUCCGAAGCGCCGCUGCGGGGAUUCUUGUCUUCACACUGCCAGAAUGUGGCCACCCUGCGGGAUGACUUUGGCCGCACAGCCCUGCACAUGGCGGCCUCAGUGGGAAAGAAGGCCGUGCUAGAGUGGCUCCUGGAUAGUAAGAGUGCUGACCUGAUGUUGAAGGAUAAGGAAUCAGGCUGGACCGCUCUGCAUCGCAGCGCCUUCUACGGGCAGAUCCACUGUCUCAUAUCGCUAGUCAAGCAUGGUGGACUUCUGUCCACCCAGGACAAGGAGGGUUUCUCUGUCCUGGACUUGACGAUGAAGGACCGACCAACACAUGUUGUGUUCAAAAACACUGACCCAACUGAAGUAUACACAUGGGGAAACAAUACUAAUUUCAGUCUUGGCCAUGGUAAUCAGGAGAGCCGGCAGCACCCGGAGCUUGUGGAUGCUUUUGCAAGGACUGCAGUUUACAUAAAGCAGGUGGUUCUGUGUAAAUUCCACUCUGUGUUCCUGUCUCAGAAAGGCCAGGUGUUCACCUGUGGCCAUGGACAAGGAGGACGACUUGGCCAUGGAGAUGAACAGACUUAUCUGGUUCCUCGGAUGGUGGAGGGUCUGAUGUCCCACCACUGCUCCCAGGUUGCAGCAGCGAAAGACCACACGGUGGUUCUUACAGAGGAAGGAUACGUUUACACUUUUGGCCUCAACACCUUUCAUCAGCUUGGCCUAGCUCCACCUCCCACCUCAGCGCAUGUCCCUAAACAGGUGUUCUCCAAGACGCUUAAAGGGAGGACAGUGAUUGGAGUUGCAGCAGGGAGGUUCCAUACAGUGCUGUGGACCAGGGAGGCUGUCUAUACAAUGGGACUAAAUGGAGGACAGUUGGGUUACCUCCUGGAUCCUAAUGGAGAGAAGUGUGUGACAGCCCCCAGGCAACUCAACAUUAAGAAGGUUCUUGUCAGUGGCGGCAGUCUGGACCACCGUGUCGAUCCACAGCUACUGAAUGAGGGAGGAGGGGAAAAGGUGGUCAUCUUGGCAUUAGAUGAAGCUGGGAGGGUGUUCUGCUGGCGUUCUUCCGGCAGCUCGGUGAGACAGUGCCGGUGGGCGUACGGACGUCAAGUUUUCAUGUCGGACAUAGCUCUCAGCAAGAACAGCAUGAUGUUUGUGACUCAGGACGGGGAGGGUUUCAGUGGCGUGUGGGCUGGAGAAUAUAAGAAGUAUGGUGAGAAGAAAGAAGUCAGUGUGGAGGUUUGUGGCCAUUCAGAUGCGGGGACACUGUAUGGGAGAAUCCGCCUGGAGAAACUCCCAUAUGUCCACAGAGCUGUCACUAUCACCAUGGACUCAAAAGGUCGAAAUUUUGGAGUGCUUCAGGCAGACCCCAAAACAAGCCUGUAUGAGAUUCCCAGCAUUUCUCCAUCCUCACUCUCCCAACACUUCCGGAGCCUUCUAGAUGAGGCAGAUGAAAUGGACAGCAUCCACGACGUGACGCUUCAGGCCGGCAAUCGCACCUUCCCUGCUCACAAGUACAUCUUGUCAAUGAGGUCCGAGUUCUUCCGGAAGCUGUUCAUAUCCGAGCACAGUGGGGUUGGUGAUGAUCUCGAUCAGGAAGUGAGGAAGAGCGAAGAUGCUGUGGGCUGCGACUUACUCAUUUUUGAAAAAAUCCCACCAGACAUGCUCGAAUACGCCCUCCACUUCAUCUACACAGACUCCUGUGAGCUGCUGGUGCAAGGGGCCCGGCCAAGGGUCUCAGCAGCCCUGAUUGGACAAAAUCAGGAUUCAGAGCAGGAGAGGCUUAUCAGCAGCCUGCAGGACUUGGGCCUGAGAGGUGGUUCAGCCCUGGAGGUGUACCGCUCCCUUCCCCCUGCUACCAAAGAAGAUGGCAACAAGGCCAAGAGCAAGGGCUCCAAGCCUGGCAAGAAGGUGAAAGGAGGCAGAGGUGACAAGGCGGGAGCCAACGAAAGAGGGGCCAACCCUGUGAAAACCUUGCAGGGCGUUGCAAAAAAGCUCGGCCUGGGCAGCCUGUCUGCGCGACUGGAUGGAGUCAAAUAUGAAAAUGGAAAAAUUGUUGUCAAUCACAAGAAAUCUGGCAACAAACCCAAAUUCUGCCAGAGGAAAUGCUCCUACCUCUGUGAUGUUACUCUUAAAUCUGAAGACUCCAAAGAAUUUCCUUGUCACAAAAGUAUCCUCUGUGCAAGACUGGAAUAUUUCAACAGUAUGCUUGGAAACCCCUGGAUUGAGGCCACAUCCUGUAAUGCACUGGAGAUGCCGAUCAGCUCAGAGAUCCUGCAGGUCAUUCUCGAGUAUAUUUACACCGAUGAGUCUCCCACCAUCAAAGAGUCUCUGAAUGUAGAGUUUGUCUGCAGCGUACUGGUUGUGGCCGACCAGCUGCUCAUCACACGACUGAAGGAAAUGUGCGAGAUCGUCAUCACUGAGAAUUUGACUCUGAAGAACGCUGCAGAGCUGCUGGAGUUUGCCGCCGUGUACAAUGCAGAGCAGCUCAAACUCUCCUGUCUCCAGUUCAUUGUGCUCAACAUGGCCGCCCUGCUCGAGUCAAAAGCUUUGGAUAUUCUUAGUGAUGAGGUGCUUGUGGAUCUCUCUGCAGCUUACAUUCAGAUGAUUCCAGCCAUGCAAAGGAGAGUGAUCACUCCGUUCAGUGGAGCUCCAGACCUCAGUGUGUAUGGAGAUGAAAAUGUUGACUCAGCCUUCAGCCAUAAACCAGAGGAAGAACUGGAUCACUCCACCAGGGAUGUCCUGUUAAAGAAGGCAAAGAUGAAGGCUAAAAAGAAACCAAGGCGUCGGUCUGACAGCUCAGGGGGCUACACUCUCUCUCAUAUCAUCCAGAGCCCACCUGUUGCAGUGGUCCCCCAGAGCCUGGUGAAGACAGGCAAGGCAAACUCGACUGAGUCGCUGCAGGAGCUGCUCACAUCAGAUUCUGAGGGCAGCUACAUGGGGCUGGGCAGUCCCCGGGACGUGCAGUCACCUGUCUUCCAUGACAGAGUUGAGGAUGAGAAGGCUUUCAGUCAAAAGCUGAAGACUCCACCCAGCACCCCAACAUCACUGGGAAAUGGCCUCUCAACUUCCCCCAACCCUGCAUCACAACUCAUCCCCAUGGUCCGUCCCAGCCCUGCUCAUCCACCUCCAGUCUUGGAUCUGAGAACCAUCAUGGACAUGGAAGCCAACUCUCUGCCGGCACUUGGAGCAACUCCUAAAAGUCCUGGAAGUGUCAGCACCAUCAUGAAGCUCUCCCCCGUUCCAACUAAACUGUCCCAGAAGCAGAGGAAGAUGCUGGCCAUGGCCAACAAGGAGGCCAGUGUGGAGUCCACGGCUUCCAAACCAACCCCCACAGAUACCCCAUCCAAAAGCAGUGGGAAGGCCUGGGCUACAGCACUUCAGUCCCCUCCCUCCUCAUGCUCAUUUCGGGCUCUACUCGAGGAGGAGGAGAACCGUCUAAUCAAAGUGGGACAAACUGGAAUACAGCGGGCUCAAGGCGCUCCGGGGUCACCUGUCACCCCUACACCUGCUGCCAGGAGGGUCACGUUUAAAUCUGAAACUAACGAGUCAGAGCGAGCCCCUGGGCCCUGGGUGCUGGGUGCAGUGGGCAGCCCACCCAUCUACUCCCAGGUGGCCUUUGCCUCCAUUGUAGAGGAGGAGAAGGAACAGGAAGCCGCUCUGAUCCGCAGCCGAGAGAAGCCGCUGGCACUAAUCCAGAUUGAAGAGUGCGCCAUCCAAGACCUCCUGCUCCAUUAUAAGGCGCGUGACAACCCUGAUGAGCUGAUAGUGGUGGAGAGGUCUUCCAGGGGUCCCAUUGCAGCCCCAACCUGGAACAAACACUGAUAUUUAAGAGCAUAGACCACAUACCAUCAAAGUGAAAACAUCCCUUGGAGUUGUCAUUGUAAUGUUGGCAGCGUUCCUGCUGCAGCUUCCUCCAACCCUCACAUAUCAUCAGAUCCAUCAGUCUGUGUUAAGCCCAGUUGUAGAUAUGAGACUGAGGCAAAUCUCUGCUUCUCUCUGCAGUGUUACUUUUGUUUCAUUGCUGCUCAACAUUUUGUGUGGGUUUGCGCACGACAGAGUGAGUGUUGUUCAUGACUGAAUGUGGUCCCGAAGAGUUGUUUUUGAGGCAGGGAUUACUUAUGCACAUUUUUAAGUUAAGAGUUAAGUUAUGUUAAAAACACAUUUCCCCAAAAACAUUGCUAGUUAUUUGAAGAUAAGGCUGCCAAAGAAAAGUAGUAGGACUGUUGAAGCCACAAAAUGGGUCGAAACUACAUCCCUUUGAGCAUUUGUGUUUUAAAUCAGUGAAAGCUCUCAUUGCUAAUUAAGAAAAUGACAGUGCCGAUGAUCAACCUUGGCAGAGCAGAUCAGCUGUGCUUAAGUAAAGUGAACUGUUUACUAAGGCUCUACCUUUAGUUUCUUUUCAUGGUCCAUUUGCCUUUCUAAUACAUUGUUUUUCGCAUCUGGUGAUUUGCAGUGACAUGGAAAUGCAAUGUAAACUGAUGUUUAAUAUGCAUAUUUAAUAUAUGCUACGUGAUGCAGUUGCAGUGCACCAUUUUCAAUGCUCAGUAGGGUUUAUUUUGUGGAACUGUCUUUCUAGCCUUCAAAGUUAUCACAAAAGUGUUUUAGAGGAGGUGGUCUGCCUUAAAUGAUGACAACACACACACAGAUACAGCAGCUAUAGAAUAUAACAUUUUGUUCAACCUUUUCUUUCCUUCGUUAGUUGUUCUAGUCACCUGGUUGUUGUUUUUUUGGCCUGGAGCCGGUGUAAGCUGUGUAGGUCACUCUGCUCUGUUAUGUUGUCUUGACUUUCCAUUUGUGUGUAUGUGUGGGUGAGACAGGGAUGGGAAGCGAAAAAGGCAUGCAUUAAAAUGUCUCACAUGUUGAAUGAA